AUGUCCCAUCGGUUGCUGAAUCGACUCCAGCCUGUAUCACCUGGUGAUGCAGGCGCUGGUCAUGAAGACACUCGUGUCUUCACAGAGUACGAGCUCGGUGUCUCGUACUCUCCUGAUACGGAUGACGGAUCCGUAUCGACGGCAAUUGAAUCCAAGCCGCCUGCCAAGCGUGGCAUGGACGAUGCUUUGCGUCGCAGCAUCUUUGGUUCAUCUGAUGAGUCAGAUGAACCAUCGCCGAAGCGAAGGCGCUCGAGGUCGCGAGACUCGGGCGCUAAUAGUGGUGUCGUUUCUCCAAUGGACACCACUUCACAGCGAGGUGCCAGUACUUCUGUCGGCACGUCGCAGGAAGAGCGGGACCGCAAUGUGUUGCGUCUCGCUCCAGAAAAGAAGGCAUGGAUGCCUCCUAAAUCUGUCAUGGAUCACUUGUCGGCGACGACGAGGUGA